AUGAGAUCUAAAUAUUGUAGUUUGUUUGCGACUGACUGUGAGGAGACUCCGGGGACGACCCAGGACACGGUGGAGGGAUUACAUCUCUGUGAACGCCUCGGAAUCCCCCAGAAUGAGCUGGAAAGUGUUGCGGGGGCCACCGGGGGCCCUCCACUAAAAACAAGAGGUCUGCCCCUUUUCGGUGACGGGGGACUCUGUAACUUGAGUCGGGGUGAAAACAGUGCUCUGGAUCUGCCAGUGCAGACGCUGCUCGACAGAGUGAGAGAGGGAGAAAGAGAGAGGAGGUGCACGAUGGAUCCCGUCCCACUGCUGCUCAUCCUAGUCACAUCUUUCCCGUUGUGCUCGGCCGUCUACACCGGGCCCCUCCAACCGGAGAUCUCCAAUGGCACUUUCCAUCACUUCUUUGUCCCGGACGGGGACUACGAUGAGACGAUAGACCCGGAGCAAUGCCAGAUGCUGUUUAAAUUCUCGGACGUGCAUCCGUGCGAGGCCUCCGAAGAGAGGGACUCCGUCGUGAGGGACGACUUCAUCAUCACCAAACUGCAGGCGGAGGACGCGGCGCGGCUGCUGGAGGGCAUCGGCCGGACGGCGGCGCACGACCUGGACGGAGAGGCCGGCUACGGACGCCUCCUCCAGCGGGAGCUGUCGCAGAUCGGCGAGGCUUUUUCGGGCGUCGGCAAGUCGCUGCUGGAGCUUGAAGGGAAGUUUAAACAAAGUCAAGAAACUGAGCUGAGAGAGGAGCAACAGCUGAACGGCAAUAUGAUGAAGCAAGUUAGUGACAUCCGGGGAACUCUGAGGGAAACCACGGAUAUCUCUCUGGGACUGAAAGAUAAACACGAGCUGCUGUCUCUCAUCAUCCGCAGUCACGGCACCAGACUGAGCCGCCUGAAGACCGAGUAUCUGAACGUGGGCUCUUAGUGGGCUAUUGAGUUUGUGUGCGUGCAUGUGUGUGUGUGUGUGUGUGUGUGUGUCUGACCCUCCAGUUCAACAAACAAGUGGAAAGUGAAGUGUGGCUUAUGACUAUCCUUCCUUGAAUAUAUCUGACCUUGUAUAUACCUCCCAGUGGCUAUCCCCAUUCUUUGGACAUGUGUCGUUAAAGCAAGCUCGAACACAAACACCCAGACAUUCCUCUGUGUCAGGGGGGGAAAGGAAAUGUGAACAUGAAUUAUGUCUUUGUGGAGCCCUCUGUGCCACCUCUGAAGAAGAGUUUUAGGAGUGUGAAAAUAAAAGCCUUCAGCUAUUUUUUGGGCUAUAUAUAUUUGUGUGUCUGUAUGGUUUAAAUUAUGUCAUAUACAAUUGUUGGUUAUUACUGGGCCAAUAAAUGCUUAUUAUUCAUCACAUAAAACGUGUUCCAUGUUUCACAUGUUUCACACUGCAUAUUUGACUAAUUUGUCCUGAGAAACACACACUGCCAUACCGUGGUGUACUUUACAACCAUCUCCCUUCUUUGAAGCUUGCGGUUUGCAUGAAUAGAAAAAAACUUUAAAAAUCUGAACUUUUGAUUGAUCGCAGUCUUGUCUUUACGUCACUGUGUUUUGUUGUCGGCUCUAUGAGUGGCAGACUCAACCGUCCUGUCAAGUGGCUCUGGUUAAUUGGCUUCUACGGUUGCCUCCCAUUUCCAUCUGGAAGUCAUCUCCUCAAGUAUGAAGUGUGUUUGUACAAAAGCGACCUCAGUUGUCAUUAUCUACUCUUUUGUCUUUUAUGAUCUUUAAUAUUUGUGGUUUAUAUGAAAUGUGGGGUUUUGGAUGAUGUCAUUUUACUCAAAAAUACUUACAAAUGACAGCUUGUUUAAAUCUUGAAGAAAUAUA